AUGCUAAACUCCCAGGGGAGUAAUCUUUGGGCCAUCAUGAGAGUUCUGCUCAUCCAUUCAGUGGCAGGAGUGCAUAUCCUCUCUUGGUGUUGGGACAAAGACACGGAAGUGAAGAUGAUGGAGUGCCUCAGGGCCUGCAGUAUGGACCUUUCAAAUGAGUCUCCAGUAUAUCCAGGAAAUGGUCACAUGCAGCCUCUCUCUGAAAAUAUUCCGAUGUACAUCCACUGGAACAAAUUUGGGAAGAGUAAAAGCAACGGUGACAGCUUAGGCAACAAAAGAAAGAACCUUUUCAGUGACUCCAUUGCAAAUCUCUUCUUGGUUUCUUCAGAAACUCAAGAGAGCUGGGAAAGAAACUUGGAAAGCCACCAAGAGUCCCGUAAAAAACGAAAAGGCAAGAGGUCCUAUGCAAUGGAGCACUUCCGAUGGGGGAAGCCAGUGGGCAGGAAGAAGCGACCAGUCAAGCCAAAGCAAGACCAGGCAGCAGAGGAGGGAACUGUGAUGGAUUAUCCUGAGGAUUUCAGAACACAUCUUAACUCAGAGAUUGAAUACCCCGAAGCGGAAUACUACCCAGACGAAUAAUAGAGCAGCGACGCCACUAAGGUAGACAAAGGAAAGCAGCUGAGAAAGCAGCUGAGAAAAAUUUAAAAAAAAAACAACACUCCUCUAGUGACUCUUUUUAAGAAUUCCAUCAUCAAAACUGCUUAUAAGAAAGGCCAGUAAGAGUGAGGGAGAUCAGGGCCAACCACACCCUGGCGCUGUAGCAAUGGGGAGAAUGGUCUGGGCACCUCACCUAUGAAUUUCUCUGACAUGUUUCAUGAUAAUGUUAUUAAUGAAUAUCAUUUAUAUUCAUUGUUCUUACUUAUUAAUGUUAAAUUAGAAACUCACUGCUUAGGAGACACUUUCACGUUUGCCUUCUGGUUUUGAAUAUACCAAUAAUAGUCCCGCCUGGACUAUUGCAAUGCUCUCUACAUGGGGCUCCCCUUGAAGAGCACCCGGAGGCUCCAGUUAGUCCAGAAUGCGGCCGCGCGGGUGAUAGAGGGAGCACCGCGUUGCUCCCAUAUAACACCUAUCCUGCGCGGCCUGCACUGGCUACCGGUAGUCUUUCGGGUGCAAUUCAAGGUUUUGGUGACCACCUUUAAAGCGCUCCAUGGCUUAGGACCGGGAUACCUUCGAGACCGCCUUCUGCCGCCGAUUGCCUCCCAACGACCUGUGCGCUCCCACAGAGUGGGCCUCCUCAGGGUGCCGUCGACCAAACAAUGUAGGUUGGCGGCUCCCAGGGGGAGGGCCUUCUCUGUGGCGGCACCAGCCCUGUGGAACGAGCUUCCUCCAGGAUUACGACAACUACCCGACCUCCGGACCUUCAGACGGGAACUGAAGACUCUAUUGUUUCAGUGUGCAGGACUAGCCUAAGAUAAAAGGUUUUAGCAUAUUUUAAUGGGGUUUUUAUAGAUUUUUUAUUUUUUAGUGACCAGGCUAUGAUAUUAUCUAGUUUUAAUUGGGUUUUAAUGUUUAUUUAUUGUACUGUUUUAAUAUGCCUGUGAACCGCCCUGAGUCCUACGGGAGAUGGUGCGGUAUAUAAGUUUGAUUAAUAAAUAAAUAAAAUAUACCAAUAAUUGGUGGGAAGCGUGGGUGGCAGAUCUUUAAGGUGACAUCUGCCAUUGUGUGCAAGUAAGCAGGAAGAAGAGCUAAAGGAGUAGUUAUCUUUCAGAGGGACAGAUUAUUUUUAUAUUUUAAACCAGUUGUACAAUACUGUAA